UAAAAGCGUCACUUGAGGUAAGAUCCUCGCGGUGAAGCGGACAUAUUCCUCUGGACGUUCCAGCCCCGCCCCUUCAACGCUGCUUCUGUUUUUCACGUAAAAAAGGGGGCGUAGUAAAUUUAAGCAGAAGGAAGCUACCUUUGCGCCGGCUGUCAGUCCAGUGCCGGUUACAGCUGUAUGGUGUUUGCCAAGCAAGUAUCUUAGCUAUGAUUUUGUGUUUUUAUAGCGUAAAUUACACGAGAAACGUAAAGACUCGGUGGUAGGUGAAUACUGUGAUGUGGAGAGAGUGAAGACCCGUGUGUGACUGUUAAAGUAUACGCGUUUAGCUAGCACAUCACAGUCAGUCGUUUUGUGGUUAAAAGGACUUGAAAUAGGUUUUUAUUUUCACUUCACGGGGUAACGGCAGCUAAAAAUAAUGCUAAAGCUGUUUUUAAGACAUGCCCGUCGCUUUCCGUGGGUUACCAACGUGACACUGUACGGCUGCCUGUUCGCCGGGGGGGACUUCGUCCACCAGUGGUUCUCCGGGAGGGAGACCAUCGAGUGGAGACAAACACGGAACGUCGCGGUGGUCGCGUUUAGUUUCCAUGGCAACUUCAAUUUCUUCUGGAUGCGUUUCCUGGAGAGGAGAUUUCCCGGGAACUCUAUCGGGAUGGUGAUGAGGAAGCUGUUCCUGGACCAGACGACGGCGGCGCCCCUCGCCACCAGUGUCUUCUACACAGGUGUCAGUUUCUUGGAGGGCAAAGAAGACAUCUUGGAAGACUGGAGAGAAAAAUUCCUGAAUACUUAUAAGACAGGGCUAAUGUUCUGGCCAUUCAUGCAGUUUCUGAACUUUGCCUUGGUGCCUCUGUAUGUGCGGACCACCUUCACUGGCUGCUGUGCCUUCAUCUGGGCCACUUUCUUGUGCUUCUCACGUCAGACCGGUGACGGCACAGCUGGUGCUGCGCUGGCGUGGAUGUUCCCUCAUAAAGACGAUGAUGCCGAAUACACUAAAGAGAAAGACAAGGUGGAUGCCCCCAGCAAAGGGGCAUGACUAUGUAAACCCACACAGUAGCAGAGUCAGUCGUUUUUAUGGAAGGUGACAAAACGUCAGCUGGACUAGUGGACUGCGGUCUAACUCAGCUGAUGUUACCCUAACGCUGCCAAGGUCACAGGUCAAAGACUCGGUGAGAUAAGAGUGAAAGUGCUGAAAAAAACUCCAGCAUCUUGAAUGUAUAUGCGGAAUAUUUUUAUUAUUUAUGCAGUAUAUUAGCUCUGUGGGAAAACAUUAAGAUCUAUCCUUCCAUACCACAGUGACUAUGACCAUUGGCUCUUUUGUUCAUUUUUAUUAAUGCCAUCUUGUGUUUGUUCCACAAGUAAGGUCCUUUUUUUAAAAAAAAAAAUUAACUUGAUUUGCUUGAUUUGCAUCAAAGUGAAAAACGGAAUAGUGUACAAAUGAUUUCCACCAUGUGGACACUGGGAGCUAAUUUAUUAGCUUAGAAUUUUAAUUAAUGAUGAUUUGAGUCACAUUUUAAACAUUUAAAUCUCAGCUUAACCUUUCAUCUUUGGCUGAAAGAGUGCCUGAUCGCUAAGAAAUAUCCCAAAUGUUUCCAGUUUACAUUUUAGUAUAUGAUGUAUCGAAUACAGACAUACCCAGGUACCAGUUAGGAUUGUCACAAUGUACGAUUUUUACCUCAAACGAUUUUCAUGGUCAAAAUAAUUCACUGAUAUUAUUACAAAAUCUAUAAAAAAAAUCAACAAAAAGAAAGUCUGUAGGAAUAGCUGUACAGACAUGAAAGUAAUAACAACUACAAA